AAAGAGGCGGGACAGGAAGUGAGAUCACGCUCCUCGGGGUGAAAGGUUAGCAGAAGUGCCCUUUCUUCCUUUCUGCUGUAGUCCCGAGUGGUAGCUACCGGGCCCGCAGGCAACCUGAACCGAGACGGCAGUGAGCGCAGCUGAAGUUCCGGGGCCCACAGCCUGAGCUGGCGGAUUUCUGAGCGACCCCUUCUCCUUCCUCUGCAGAAAUGGGCAAGUUCAUGAAACCCGGGAAGGUGGUACUGGUCCUGGCCGGUCGCUACUCCGGACGCAAAGCGGUCAUCGUGAAGAACAUUGAUGAUGGCACCUCAGACCGACCCUACAGCCAUGCUCUGGUGGCUGGAAUUGAUCGCUAUCCCCGCAAAGUGACAGCUGCCAUGGGCAAGAAGAAAAUCGCCAAGAGGUCAAAGAUCAAGUCUUUUGUGAAAGUUUAUAAUUAUAAUCACCUCAUGCCCACAAGGUACUCUGUGGAUAUCCCCUUGGACAAAACUGUUGUCAACAAGGAUGUCUUCAGAGACCCUGCUCUCAAACGCAAGGCCCGACGAGAGGCAAAGGUCAAGUUUGAGGAGAGAUACAAGACCGGCAAGAACAAAUGGUUCUUCCAGAAGCUGCGAUUUUAGGUUUGUCUCAGUUAAUAAAAAUAUAUUUUUUUUAAAGU